AUGGCGUCCGCAUCGAUCACCUUCGUGCUGAACCGUCUGGGGGAGCUGGCCGUGAAGGAGGCGGCGCUGCUGAGCGGCGUCGGCGACGACAUCCGGCUGCUCCGGGACAAGCUGGAGUGGCUGCAGACCUUCAUCCAGGACGCCGACCAGGAGCGCCGGGAGGGCGCCAACCAGUACGUCGGUCUCUGGGUCCGCCAGACCCGCGACGUCGCGCACGAGGUGGAGGACGUCCUCGACGACUUCCUCCGCCGCCUCGACCUCGACACGCUGCAGCGGGGAGGCCCGGGCUGGAGGAGGUACCUCGCCCUCGCCGCCUCCUGCACCACCCAGGUCUCCGUCCGCCAUCACCUCAGGGGCCGGAUGGACGGCAUCAAGGACAGGCUCAAGGAGAUCUCCGACAACGUCGACAAGUACAAGAUCAGGAAGCUGCGCCCCGCGCCCCACGGCGCUUCCUCGUCGGCGGCGCACAACACCAUCAACACCGUCGACGCAUGGUACGCAUAUACUACAAGAUAUAGACACGUGUUCUUUCUGCCACGUAAAACCGCAUCACGCGCCGUGCAACACUCCCACCCGCACAAAACCGUCGUUGCUCGGCUCCGUCGCUCUCAGGUUCCCCCGCCGUCGCACGCAGCGGCCGCAUGGCUCAAACUCGCGGCAGCGGCGGCGACUCUGGCGCACGACCGCCGGUCCAUCCCGCCGGCUCCCAGCGCUCGAGCGAGGGAUGAGGUGACCGAAGUGGUUGGCUUUGAAGCUGAACGUGUAACCCUGAAAGAACGUCUUCUGGAAGGUGACACUAGCAGAUCUGUCAUCUCAGUUGUUGGGGAGAGCGGCAUUGGGAAAUCUACACUUGCAUGGGAAGUGUAUGACAGUCCUAUCAUUAGGAAGGAGUUUGAUGUACGGGCUUGGAUCAAUGUCCCACCACAAAUCAGAGAUGAUGAUAUAUUGUACUUCAUCUACAAGCGUGUGUGCCCGGAGACCGAUGACCACUCUUCAGUCACAGAAAAAGUUCAUGAGGCCCUCUCAUUGUACCUGGUGGAUAAACGCUACCUGGUGAUGAUUGAUGGCCUCGUCAAUUUCACCAACUGGAACUCCAUUCUCCAAAGCCUACCGCAGAACAAGAAAAGGAGCAGAAUUAUGAUCAUCACUCGCCUCGAGGACAAAGAAGCUGCAUACACUAACCCGAAAGUUCGUCCACUAAAGAUACACAAUCUCAAAGAAGAAGAUAGCAAAAAGAUGUUUCAGCGCAGAGUCUUUGGGGUCGGCAACCAGUUCCAGGAGAAGAUCUUUGGUAGCAGGAUCUCACAAUCCGAGCAGCUGAUGGACAAGGCUUGUGAGGACAUGCUCCAGAUAACACGUGGACUUCCCCUGGCGAUCGUGGUGCUUGCCGGGCUUCUUCGGACAAAGAGCAUAUCAGAAUGGGACAAGGUCCUGAAGAAGCUCAAGUCUAGCGAUGAGCCAAAGCAAGUGAAGAGGAUCUUGGCUCUAAGCUUUGACGAUCUCCCGAGCCGGCUCAAGUCUUGCUUCCUGUAUUUUGCAGGGAUGCCAGAGAAUCUGAUCUACAACGCGAGGCGUCUCGUGCGGCUAUGGGCCGCAGAGGGGUUUCUGAAGCCGAAGAAGGGGAAGACCAUGGAGGACAUUGGCCAAAACUACCUCAAGGAACUGAUCUCGAGGGGGAUGAUCCACCUGGUGAAGAGGGACCUGAGUGGAGGUGUUUGGCUUGUUGCCAUCCAUGACCGUCUCCAUGCUUUUGCACAGGCAGAAGCACAGGAGGCAAGUUUCCUCGAGGUACAUGACAGUGCUGACCUCCUCGCACCUGGUUCCGUUCGCCGCCUAUACCUCCAGAACUACAUGAAGUCGUAUAUACCCAUAGGCACCUCGUUCCCUAAGAUGAGGUCCAUCUUGGGUGAUUUUGCCGAGGAGAGAUCUAGCAACAUGGAGACAGCCAUAGUAAGAGCGCAUGGCCCAUUGAAGAAUCAAGGCAACAGCAGUGAUCUACGCAACCACGCUCUCCAUUUUCUCCCGGCAUCGAAGUUCCUCCGUGUAAUCGAUCUCCGGGGGUUAAGGAUAAAAAAGGUGCCUCGUGCAAUCGGGGACAUGAUCCAUGUAAGAUACCUAGGCCUCCGGAGCCGGUCCCUUGUCGAGCUCCCUUCCUCGGUUGCACGUCUCAUCAACCUUCAGACGCUGGACAUAAAGAGGACCGAAGUGAAGAAGGUGACAAAAGCAUUCUGGGAGAUCCCAACGCUGCGACACGUUGUUGCCAACAGGCUGGAAUUGCCCAAGUCAGCCGGGGUGCUCAACAACAUGCAAACACUCACAGGCCUGGUCUGCUCUGAUCCAUCAAGCAACAACAUCAAACCUUUACACAACAUGGUGUAUCUUCGCUCCUUGCAGAUGUCAGGUUUGGGUGAGCAGCAUUGGAAAGCACUUCAAGACGUCUUGAAGAAGCUGGAGUCACUCAUGUACAUGCACCUUGCUGGGGAUGACAUACCUUUCAAAUUGUUCACGAAGUUCACACUCCGCCGCCUGCAGAUCCUAGAGCUGACUGGGAAGAUCGACACAUCAGGCGUCGGCACGGAAGACCAGUACACACUGCCCAAUGUCACAAGGCUCGUGCUCAAGCUAUCCGUGGUGGACCAGAUGUUCAUCGACAAGAUAGGUGAGCUCCCAAGCCUCAUGGAGCUAGUCUUGUCUGAUGACUCCUACAGCGGGAAGAAGCUCUUGCUCUCUAACAAUGGAUUCAACAAUGUGACAAGCCUGGUGAUGACAAACCUGACAAAAGUAGAAGAGUGGACAAUAAGGCCCAGGUCCAUCCCAAAGAUUAGAAGGAUUGUUCUGUCUGGUUGCUCCAAGAUGAAGAUCAAGCUUGAAGGGAAAGAAGGGGAAGCAGGCUUAAGAGGUUUGAUGGAAGAUCUCAAGGAAGUUGUGGUCUACAACAUGCCGCAUGCGGAUUCAAUCAUGGUUGAGCCUGCAAAUCCUGCCUUCAGGGAGAAGAUCAACCGCGUGGCCCUAAAAACGAAGAGCGAGGACAUAACUGACGUGAUGCAGCGAGGCGGAAGGUGGAGGGCAGGUCUGAUGGCUGAAAACAUGUUCCACAACUAGAACUCUUCGUUCUCAACAUGCAUGCUCUUGAGUCUUGAGGCUGUGUAAAGGUCCAGUACGUGUAACUUUAAUUCGUACGUUUCGAGUGAACACCAUAGUUAAGUUUUCGUUUGAGUGUGUUUAUGUUUGUGGGUACGCAUGUAGAGGUCCCUUAAAUCACGUGAGGCAAAUUAUAUACUCCUACUUUGGUGUUUGAUUAAAUGUCGUCGGUUGUCCUACAUACAUGCACAAUACCCCAUUGUAAAUCGUUUUGUAUAUGUAAUGCUAU